ACAGUCUUUCUAAUCUGUGCUCUGACAUCGAAAUCAAGUGAAUGUUCAUAACAUAACCUAUUUUAUUAGUAUUUAUAAAAAUAAUAAAUUAUAUAUAAUAAAUUUAUACUAUACCAUUAAAUUAUAAUUUGUUCGGUGUUAAAACAAUUACUAAUUUAUUAAAUAACAUCUUUAUUUAGUUCAUAACUAUUAUUCACCGUUUGCUUCGUUUACUCACAUCUUCCGGCAUCUCGUUCGUGGCGCGCUCCCUUAAUAUUUAUUUUCUGUAAAGGUAGUUAAUAACUAUAAGCACCUUUAAUAUUUUUACAGUAGUUAAAAGGGAUGAAUAAAACUUUAGUGCAAAAUUGUCUGUGAGCUGUGCUGUGCAUAUUAGGAUCAUUUUUUGUAUUUUAGUUUCUUUCAUUGCUUGCAAUGCCUACUUGGAAUCAAAUUCAAUCCCAACUCAGGAAUCCUAAUAAUCCUGUUGUAUUUUUCGAUAUCACUGUUGGAACAACGGAAAUAGGACGUAUGAUAUUUGAAUUAUUUGCUGAUGUAGUACCAAAGACAAGUGAGAAUUUUAGAGAAUUCUGUACAGGUGAAUACAGAAGAGAUGGAGUACCACUAGGAUAUAAAGGAGCCACGUUCCAUAGAGUUAUUAAGGAUUUCAUGAUACAAGGUGGUGAUUUUGUCAAUGGUGAUGGUACUGGAUUGAUGAGCAUCUAUGGCGGAAGCACAUUUGCAGAUGAAAAUUUUGCAUUGAAACAUGAUUCACCGGGAUUACUCUCAAUGGCCAACAGUGGCAAAGAUACCAAUGGUUGUCAAUUCUUCAUAACAUGUGCUAAGUGCAACUUCUUAGAUAAUAAGCAUGUAGUAUUUGGAAGAGUCAUUGAUGGUUUAUUAGUGAUGAGAAAGAUUGAAAAUGUACCUACUGGUCCUAACAACAAACCAAAAAUACCUGUAACCAUAUCACAAUGUGGCCAAAUGUGAAUAAAACAGAAAUUUCAAA